AUGAUCAUGCUGAAGAUUUCCUCUCUUCUUGUCGUCUAUGCCCUGGUGGCUUGCCAGAUGGAGAACUACCAGGCAGUCCCUCUCAGACCCGGUUUGGAGUCCGCGACGGACCGAGGGACGCUGGGCGACUACGAAGCCCGGCGGUUAUUAAACGCGCUGGUGAAAGAGUACGUGCAGAUGACGGCGCAGGAGCUGGAGCAGGCCAGCGAAGGGAACAGCUUGGAUAGACCCAUUUCCAAACGCUGCGCCAACCUGAGCACUUGUGUGUUGGGCAAACUGUCUCAAGAACUGCACAAAUUGCAAACGUACCCUCGCACUGACGUCGGGGCUGGAACUCCUGGCAAGAAAAGGAAUGUGCGGAAUGACCUGGAGAGUGAACGCUAUGCAAACUAUGAGGAAGCCCUCGGAAGCAACUAGAUAUGCUAAUGCCCU